CCUGACCCCGGCCGCACCCAGCGCCCCGCGGGGACCCGGCGCCAGGCCCGUCACUCGCUGCGCGGCCCGGAGCAGCGGUGCGUGACGUCCUGCGUGGCCGGUGCCGGCGCGCUCUCCCCGCCAUCCCAGGCCGGCGGGGCACGCGAUGCCCCUGAUGGUGGAGGAGGCCAUGAAGCCGCUGUGCUCCCUCUCGGAGGCGAGGAAGAUGAAGGCAGCCGUCAAGCACGCGGGGCGGGGCGCCCUGGUCACCGGCGCCGUGGCCUUCGUCGGGGGCCUGGUCGGGGGCCCGCCGGGACUGGCCGUUGGGGGCGCUGUCGGGGGGCUCCUAGGGGCCUGGAUGACCAGCGGGCAGUUUAAGCGGGUCCCUCAGAUCCUGAUGGAGCUGCCGCCCGCCGAGCAGGAGAAGCUGCUCAACCAGGUCACGGCCAUCGUCAGGCACCUGGAGUGGACGGACGCUGUGCAGCUCACCAUGCUGGUCCCCACACACUGUCCUGCCUUCAGACCCGCAGCUCCCCGUCUGCAGAGCCCACACGGUUUCUGAACAGCCUUUCCCCUCCGAUUCCUGGAAAGAUCUCUAACCCGGGAGGCGUGCACACCCAACAACAGGGACAAAGGAAGGCAGGGGGUGGGUGACUUUAAAAUGGAAGGAAGCUGGGCAUUCCCUGCCUGACUGCCACCUUUCCAGACUGCUCCGCCUCCCUGUGCCCCCAGGAGGCGCUGCUCCGCCUCCCUGUGCCCCCAGGGGGCGCUGCUCCGCCUCCCUGUGCCCCCAGGGGGCGCUGCUCCGCCUCCCUGUGCCCCCAGGGGGCGCUGCUCCGCCUCCCUGUGCCCCCAGGGGGCGCUGCUCCACUCCCAGAGCCUCCAGGGGGUGCUGCUCCGCCUCCCUGAGCCUCCAGGGGGCGCUGCUCCACAGCUCUGGGAGUGUGUGUGUGGGGGGGGGAGGGGCGGGUGCCCUCCUGCCCAGGAUGGUCUGACCCCACACCUCCAUGUGCACAGAAAACUGGGGAGUGGAUUGAACCCCAGGUGCCUCAGGAAGGACGGAGCCUUUGGUCUCACAGACACUGCUCUCCAGCAGCCUGGGCCCAGGGUGGCCGCCUGCCUCCAUCCCUUCUGUGCUGCUCCAGGGCUGGGCAGGGUGGCCCAUCUGGAUGGUUCUCCUAUCAGACAAGGUGACAGGGUUACCCGUGUGGGGUGGCCCUCUGCCAGGCCCAGGGGCACAGGGAUCAGAGGUCCCACACCAAUGACCACUGAAGCCACCCCCCCCACCCCCCUCAGCCAGCCUGCCUUUCCCCUGGGAAACAGUGUCGGCAGGAGAGGGCCCCACCCCUGACCCCAGGGGCUGGAGGCCCCACGUGUACUGAGCCGUCGCCCAUAACAAGCCGGGUCCUGGGUACUGGCAGUGGCUUUGGCCCCAGAGCCCCCCUCGGCAAUGAAGGUACUUACCUGGCUUCCUCAGGCAUGCUCAGUGCCUGGGCUUAUUUCCUUGUAAAAGACCUUCACUUACUUAUUUUUGAAAAGGCCUCCCCAGGCUGGUACAAAUCAGGUACAAGCAUAAGAGGGCUCCCUCCUCAGCUGCCCCCUGCCCCGCCCCUCUUGUCAAUCAAUGUCGUGUGCAUCCACUCGGUUUAAACAUGGUCUUUGAAAAUGAUUCCUUUCCCUAUAUUUGUCAAUGCCGAUUGCCAAAGACUUGGAAAAACACAGACGAGUAUAUAUAAUAAAAAGUGCUACGGAUUCCAGCA